UUCUAUCAAAGAUGGCGUCGCGCGGCAUCUAAACCCAACCACAACCCGAGAAUAACCAGAGAGAUUUAUCCCACCUGAGGGUCCCAGAAUGACCAUGGCCUUUGAGGAGAUAAAGAAGAAAGGAAUGAUGGAGGGGUCAGGGAUGGAAGGAGACGUUGGUCUUGUUGCCGGUCGCAGCCAGAGGGAGAAGAGGCGGUCAUAUAAAGAUCUGUUAAGAGAGGAAGAAGAAAUCGCAGCGCAGGUGCGCAAAACCUCAAAGAAACAACACAAGGAUUCUGAUCUUUUUCUAUUAGGAACAGAUUCUCACAAGAAAAAAAAGAAGCACUCGAGUGAAGAACACUACCACAGAGAUCAUCACAGUUCUGGUCAGCCCGCACACAAGAAAAAGCGCAAGUCUUCAGAUCGUUCGCCCUCCCUCUCCUCCUCCCACGCGUCCAAUUCCGCAGACACAGCCAUGGGCCUCCUGGAGGCCAUCACCUCACCGCUGGCCACGGGGUCUGACCCAGCUCCUCACCUCCACAAAAAACCAUCCUACCCCACUCACGCCAGCUCUCACUCCUCCUCCAAAGACCGCAAGCGUGAAGGCAGCUCAAAGAGCGGCCACCUCUUCUCCCAUUCGCGCCCGCCUGGCUCGUCUUCCUCUAAGAAACACUCCUCAUCCUCGAAAUCGCUUCUGUUUCAUGGAGGAGCUGGGAAAGGAGAGCCGCUGACCCUGUGUGAAGCCGAAGGUCUAAAGAUGAAACUCAUCCUUUCCUCAAAGGAAAAGAAUGAAGGAUUAGAGACAAAUGAGGGAUUCUCCUUUCCACACCACACGCCUUCCUCAACCUCAGGUGCUGUGGGUCAUCAUCCGUCAUCCAGCUCGAAGAAAGGAGUGGUGAAGAAGGAGAAAGACAAAGACAAAACGCUUAAGCCACCAAAGAAGAAGCAGCACACUCGUGAGCCUUUGCCUGUGGUCGGGAAAGAGGUGGAGGUUGUCGGUCAUUACGGCGGCUCUUUCGGGCACGUGGGAGCCGACAGCUCGUCGUCAGGAGAACUGGAGGCCGGCGAGCUGGUGAUCGAUGACUCCUACACACACCUGUCAAAAAAGAAGAAAAAAAGCAAGAAGAGCAAAAAGAAGAAGGAUAAAGAGCGAGACAGAGAGCGAGAGAAAGGGUCAAGAGAGAAGAAACACAGUAAAGGAAGAUCUGGAGGAAAGAAAAGUCCAGGGGAUCCGUCCAGAAGCCACUCCCAUUCUCACAGCUCGACCAAUCACAGCGUAUCUGGUGGGAUGUAUACUAUGGCUCCUCCCACUUCGGCUCAUCAUCAUCAUCAUCAAAACGUUGAAGUGAUGGUUGACAAGAAAAAAAAGAAGGAAGAAAAAGAGAGAGAGAAACAGGAGAAGGACAAGUCGAAGAAGAAGAACACAACAGCAUAUCAGGUGUUCUGUAAAGAGUACAGAGUCAAUAUCAACGCCGAACAGCCUGGAUUAGUCUUCGGCGAGUUAAGUAAGAAACUCGCAGAGGUGUGGAAACAACUACCUGAAAAAGACAAACUGGUCUGGAGACAGAAAGCUCAAUAUCUUCAGCACAAGCAGAAUAAAGCUGAAGCCAUGACAGUGAAACGAAGACCCUCGACAUCGUCUGAGAGCAAAAGCAAAGGUGUCAGUAAAGCAGUCGGUUUGGGGGCAGGAUUGACCCCACAGAGUCGCUCUGCUAUGGGCAUGUCCUUGUCUCCUGCACGGGUACCUGACGUUGACCCCAUAGACGCGGCUGCUCACCUGCAGCUAUUGGGCGAGUCUCUGUCUCUCAUUGGACAUCGACUUCAGGAAACAGAGGGAAUGGUUGCAGUUUCUGGCAGUCUUUCGGUUCUUUUGGACUCAAUCUUAUGUGCUCUUGGUCCAUUAACUUGUCUGACAGCUCAGGUCCCACAACUCAACGGCUGCCCGAGGAACCUCCUGUCAAAUACUCUGGACAACAUCGCUUACAUCAUGCCUGGACUAUGAAUCUCUCUCGCUGCACUUAAAAAAGACUGAGUUGACCUCCAACCGAGGACUUGCAGAGGAGUUACUUUUUCUCAUCAUUGUUGAACAAAGCAAUGGAAAUUCUUCGUCUCCGACGUGUUUUAAAGAACAGUAUUUAAAAUGUUAGCCGUUUUUUAAUGUUUUUUAAAAAAAGAUGCUUUUUUAGAGAAGAAUUUUAAGGGUUGCAUUUUAUGUUUUUGUUUUAGGUCUCCAUGUUUCAGUGUUACAGUCUGUUGUAAGCAGUCUGUAAAUGUGUGUGUAUGUGCCGUAAAAUAUAUGUAAAGGUACUCGUUUAUGAUGUCUUGAGUAUUUUUUGUUUUGUACAGAUAUGUGCCGUUUCAUUUUAGGACCAAAUGUUUUAUUUUCUAAUUUAAUUUUGAGUUAAUUUAUACCAACAGCAAUUCAUGUGCACUGUCAUUUCAUGUCACUUAUUGCAUUUUUUAUGCAUAUGUUGUAAUUUUAUAGUUUUUAUUGUUUUUAGCAUGUUUACAGGAAUGUGUAAAACCACUUUAAAGGUGCACUAAGUUUUUUUUAAAUGACAAAAAGCACUUUUGGCCCAAAUCUCCAGUCAUUUGGUAACAGCUUUAUUAAAAUCAGAUGAUGCAGAUAUUUAGAAAACAAAUACUUAAUGCACCUUUAAAGGUAUGACCAUUUUAAACAAGCGAUUGUUAGUAGUUUUAGAUGAUGAAAAAUGUAUUAUAUAUUUGCAUUGACACAUUCAGUACAUCCGAUUUCAUCUGCUUAUUUGGAGAAAAAGUAUUUUCAUUAAAAUGCACAGAUCUUGUUAAAUAGGUUUGUUUUAUACACUGAUGGAUUAAUGGCUUUCAUUACUACAAAUAACGCUUAUACUGAAAUAUUACAUUUAUAUCGGUCAUUGUAUUAGAUAAUGAUACCCACAAGCUUCUUUUGGGCAAAUGUUUUGCUUGGACAGUGUGCUAACUUUAGUUUUUGUACAUGAUUAAAUGUGUUGUUAUGUAAUGCAAUGACAUGUGAACAUGCCACACCCAGCUUUAAUUCCCUGUUAAAGGGAUAGUUCACCCAAAAAAGCAGAAUCUGUCAUCUCUCCCUCGUGUCUUUCAUGACAUGUAUAUGAAAACCUCCAUAUGACUCUUUUUUUAUGUUGAACGCAAAAGAAGAUAUUUAGUAAA